UUUAGCUAGCCAACGUCGCCAUGACGAUGACAUCGCCUACAAGUUUGAUUGGGGAUUUCUAUUGGAGAAGCAGUUUUAGACUUUCUUCAUACUGUGCUGUCUUUGACCAAAGUGUGUGACUGGACCCAGAACAUGACACCUGUUGGCCAGGCAGACACAGACAGUUGGCAGCAAGUAGGCCUUAAUAGCAGUAGGCCUAAAUCGUCUGGACCUAUUAAAAAAGGUCGAACUCGCAAAAUGGCUAGACAUGACAAACUGUACUCAUGGAUGCGGUAUUUGAUGUUGCUGCUUUGUGUGAUACUUGUUAUAAGUGGCUUUGUGCUGCUGGGGCUUGGUGCAUGGAUUAGAUAUGGAGCAGCUACCUUUGUGGAUGUCCUUGGUCCCUAUUCGUCUCAGCUCAUCUACAUCAGCUACAUCUGUAUUGGUAUGGGCUCAGUGCUGUCUUUCACGGGUCUCAUCGGCUGCUGUGGGGCUUGGAAAGAGAACCGCUUCUUCAUCAUGCUGUUUUUCUUCAUCGUGACAAUGCUGUUUGUUGCUGAAAUCAUUGGGACUAUUUUUGUCUUGACGUACCGGAAUCUGGUUAGCUUAGUGGUACGUGAUGCAAGCAAGAAUUCCCUUAUGACUGCCUAUAUGGGCCCAGCGGCAACAGACCCCAUCUCAACAGCAUGGAACACAGUCAUGAUCAAGUUCAAAUGCUGUGGCUUUGAGAACUCGACAGUAGAUUUCAAGGGCUCUGUGUUCAGUACAACCACAGGUUUGAACUACCCUAAGACAUGCUGCAUGAACAAGACCCUUGCAGACUGUGACGGUAUCACCAUCACUCCAAGUCUGAUCCAACCACAGAGCUGCUUUGGUAAGGUCAUCACAGUGAUCAGACAGCAGAGUGUCAUUCUGGGAUCAGCAGCUGGCUGCAUAUGUAUGAUGGAGUUAUCCUCCAUGAUCCUUGCCAUGGUUUUGUUUGUGAAGCUGGGGCUCAUGAGGCAUCCUUGGUGAAGCCAAAGGGUCCAUCCACACCUGGAGGACACCAACAACCCCCACAGGCAACAAUAAAGUUCUGCUAAACA